AUGGCAGAACUACAGGUCAUCCCAGCACGGCAUGGAGUCGCGACAUUCGUGCCGGCUGGUCAGACGAUUAAGAUCGUCAAUACCUCUGGGACACAAGUGAUAGAUACUUGGGCAUUCGCCCUGCCCAAGCCUGACGAGAAGAGCAGCAACGAGGAGAAAGCCAAAGAGGAAAAGAAGGACGAGGCUCCCAAAGAAGAGCCUAAGAAGGAAGAGAAGAAGAAGCCGGAGCCGAAGCAGACCCCGAAAAAGAAGAAGGGUGAUGACAUGCCCAGCCAGGAGGAUGCGGAGAAAGCUACACAAGGAGUGUUCAAAGAAGGCGAGCAUUCCAAUGGCGGCGACGCAACAGAAGCCUCGAAGACUCCGCAGAAAAGCACAUGGAGCUCAUAUGUACCGUCGCUCGGCCUGACGUCCUCUGCUAAGAAAGGCGAUGCGCCCAAGAAAGAGGAAACUGAGGAGCAGAAGAACUCGAGAACAUGGUCCUCCUACUUCCCGACUGGACAGAGCUUCAGCUCCUACGUACCAACGUCUGCCAGCAAUACUGUGUCCGCGUUUGCGGGAAGUCACCAACGCGACAUGAACAAGUCCUAUCUUGAGCAGCUUCAGGACUUCUCCAAAACACCAGUCGGCGCAGCUGGCAUGUCAGCACUCACUGGUGGCGGCUAUGGCGGCUCCCUGUACGCCGGCUACCAAGCUUGGAAUGCCACCAAUGCAGCCGAUGCACCACCUAUGGAGUUUAUGAGCAUGCCACACUCGCGCGCAGCUAGCCUCCACAUGGUGCCGAAGAUCAACGAUACACUGGUCUCGAACCUGCGAGAGCCAAUGCUCACUCUUGUCGAGGACACGUCGCCAGGCAUUCACGACACACUAAUGGCUGCUUGCGAUCCAUCCCGCUACCGAGGAUUGGGCGUCAAAGAAUGGGCAGAACAUGGAUCUUGCUCGGAGAACUUGGUGCUUGCGCUGAAAGAGUUGAACGAACGGGCGGGAUUGAAAGGCGCCAAAGGGGUUGGGGCGGACGUGACAAUUAACUCCGUGCCGGCGCCGUUGAAUCUUUUCAUGAACAUUCCUUGGGAUGACGAAGGCGAUCUCGGCUUCAAGGCUCCCAAAGGCAAAGCAGAAGAUUACGUGCGUCUCAAGGCGGAGCGCGACGUCGUGGUGGUCAUGAGUGCCUGCCCACAGGACGUGCUCGAGAUCAACGCCAAGAAGCCGACCGAUGCACAUUUCAUUGUUGAGGAGGAUGACACCGCAUCGGCCCUCAAGCGCACACAACAACCAGCGAAGAAGCAAGCCGCGCCCAAGAAGCUUAAUUCCGCAUCCAGGAAGCCAUCGACCGCUGGCACUGAAAGUGGUGCUGCUCCGGCCAAAAAGCCCGUGCCUGCGAGACGGACAGUCCCUCAGAAGAAAGCAGCAGGUGCAACGGCGACUGGUUCCGACGCCGCUCCAGCCAAGAAACCGGCGCCCAAACCUGCGCCAGCUCAGAAGAAAGCGCCAGCGGCCUCCGAGAAUGCGAACAGUGACGCUCCUGCGGCGGAGAAGAAGAAACCUCGGAAGUUGAAUGCGAAGUCCAACGCAGAAGCGGCGAGCUGA